AUGUCCGGUGGUUAUUUUAAGGUAUCGGAACUCGCCGAUUUUGUCAACGAAAUGUCGGGAGAAGAGGAUUUGGGUAGGUCGAAUUUUGGAGCGAAAAAAUUCAAGUUCAAUUUUUUCCAGCCAUCAUUUCUGUCAGCGACAAAACCGGGCUUAUCCCGUUGGCCCGCGGGCUUUCGGAGGCCGGAUUGGGCCUGGUAGCCUCCGGUGGAACUGCGAAAGCCAUCCGAGAAGCUGGAAUUGAAGUCAGGUACGCUGAAAAGGAGGCGGAGCUUCUCUGCAACCCUGGCACACUUUUUUUUUUGCAGAGACGUUGCUGACAUCACAAAAUUCCCAGAGAUGUUAGGAGGCCGUGUCAAGACCCUUCACCCAGCUGUUCAUGGUGGAAUUUUGGCGCGCGAAACUCAAGACGAUGCCGCAGAUUUGCAGGUGAGCCACGCCCCUUCUUUGAGAAUUUCGUCCGAGAGAAGUACACUGAAUUAGAGCUAGGCUAGGAUUAGAUCUAAAGUUUUAAAUGUAUAGCUGAGUAUCUAACGAGAUACGCAGCCAAAUCCAGACUUUCAAGUAGACCUUAUUAGGCUCUUCCAAAAUUCCAGGCCACGCCCCUUUUUGCCUAAGGGGAUAAGCCUAAUCCUCUUCCCGAAAAAGAGCCAAUUUGCACUUUUUCUCAUUCCUAUUUCUAUGUUAACUAAGUUUUUUCUCAACUUUCGGUCCAAAAUAGACCACGCCCCCUUUUAAGGACCACCUAAGGUUUUUUUUGCAGAAACACAACAUUUCGCUAGUCUCGGUGGUCGUGUGCAAUUUGUACCCAUUCAAAAAAGUCACGUCAAAUUCGGCCGUUUCUUUGACGGACGCUGUGGAAAAUAUUGAUAUUGGUGAGUAAGUGCGGCGCGGUUUUGUGGGCGUGGCCUAGAGGGAGAUAUGAAUCUUUACUCUUUCUUCAUUCAAACCGGAAAAAUUCAGUGAACCGGAAAAUUAAUUUUGAAAAGAAAAUGGGACAAAAACAAUAGAGCUUUUAAGGCGGCGCAGAAAAAUGGGUGUGGCCUAAAUUUCUCUGAUCUGAGAUUUUUUGCUUUUUUCAGAGCCACGAGCUCAGAAUUUUGCCACGUGGAUUGGAAUUUUUUUCAGGUGGAGUCACUUUACUUCGAGCCGCCGCCAAAAAUCACCAACGUGUUACCGUAGUCUGUGACCCGCUAGACUACGAGACGAUUUUGAAAGAGGUAUGUAUGCGUGAUUUUUUACCCGCGAACAAGUGGUCCACAUCCCCUGGGGACCACUUCGUCUCGGGUUAUUAAUUUGUUUUUGGCGCCGAAAACACGAGGUUUUAUGAUUUUUUCUUGCGCUAACAAUAAGACUAAGCUUUUUGGUCCCCAAAUUCUCUAAAAAAAACAAAUAAUUAUUUUUCAGCUUCAAACUGGUGGAACUUCUACGGAGAGACGACAAAAAUUGGCACUGAAAGUGAGUUUUUUUCAAAAAAAAAUUUUUGAGACAUGUCCGGGAGAAGUACAUGGAGGGAAUUUUGGGCGGGAAAUUUGAAAAUUUGAAUUUUUCUGAACUUGUCCGGGAAAUUUGAAAAUUCAAACUUGCAUGGGUGAUAACGGGUUUUGAAAUAAGGUAAGUUCAGUCUUACGAUUAGGUAACUCGACGUGCUAAUGACGAUUUCGCAAAAAUUAGCUGCUGAGCUCCAGUCCGAGCCGCAGAAAUGAGCUCCAAAUUUUGCUCAAAAAAACUCAAUUUUCAUAUGAAAUAAGUAGCUUUUGAGUCAAAAAUCUUCACGUGAAAAAUUACAAAAAUGGAUUUCGAAAAAUUCAAAAAAAAAUCAUAAAAUGUUUGACUAUAAAUUUUUAGUUCAUUUUUUUAAAAAUUUCAUCCAAAAUUUCCAUUUUCAAUUUUUUUCGCACUCCUCCAAAAAAAGUAAUUUUUGCAAAAAGUUCGAUUUUAGGUCCCUCUUUUUGUCCCUCUUCUUCUUCUCAUCGUAAAAUGAAUUUAAAUCUAUCUUUUUUUGCGUGCCUCCACUUUUUUCGGCCGGUUGUGACUAACUUUUUUCUGAUGAUGGCUACCCACACGGCCAAUUUUUCAAAGUUUUUUGGAGGUUUUUUUUCUCUGGUCUUAAACAAUUCCAAAUUCAGAAUUUUUUUCAACAAAAUUUGAAUUUUUUGAGUAAUGAAAAAAAAUGAAUUUUCUAAAAGUUUUCAUAUUUAAUUUCAAAAUUUGAAUCCAAGCCGCCACCAAAAAAUAAUGAAAAAUGCGACAUUUCGGAGUUCGGUUAACUCCCAAGUGUCCCAUAAUUUUUCCCAAAAAAAAUUUCAAAAAUUUUUUUUGAAAAAUGAUUUUUUUUCUUUUUGAAAAUUCGGCGUCAAUUUUUAAAAAGAAAAAAUUUUCCAGAUGUUCCAAGUGUCAAAAGAAAAACUUUGCUCUUUUUUAUUGAACAACAUUUUUUUCGCGCGAGAAAAAUGUGACAUUUUUUUAAUUUAAACUUUUUUCUCUAAUUUCCUUGAUGGUUUUUGAAGUUUCCUGUGAGACUUUUCGGUGUCAAAAAUGAAUUUUCAAAUAAAUUUUUUUUCGGUGCCGAAAAACACACACAAAAAUAUAAUCGCAGUACUUUUUUUCGGUCCCGAACUAAUCCCUUUUCUUCAUUUGUCUUGUUGUUUUUGAGGCGCUAGAAAUGAGAAAAAAUUGUUUUUUUUUGUUUCUGUUCAAAAAAUUCGAAUUUUAAAAUACUAUUUUUUCCCGCCAGUUUUUCAUUUCGAAUUUUUUCAUUUAAAAAUUGAUUGCGAUUAUUUUUGAAUUUAAAUUUAAAAUGUGUUCAAAAUGUUGCCACGUGGCAAUUUCGGUGUCAAAUUCUCCCAAUUUUUUAGCUCCAAGCAGGAAAUUGAAGUGCGGUGGAGCGCAAAAUCCAAUUUUUCUUGGCGCCCCAAAAAUCGGGCAAACUACAACAUUUUAGCAGCCUCCCCCGGGGAAUUUUUCUACCUGAGUAUGACCGGGAAAAUUGAAUUUUCUCGGCUCGAAUUUGAACUUUUCUGUUUUUUUUUCUCAAAAAAAUUGACGAAGAAAUCCGAUUUUUUCAUCCACCACUGAACAAUUUUCGAAUUUUUUUCCAAAUUUUUUUGGGGCGGAUUUCCGAUGUUUUUAGUGAACCGGAAAAUUUCAGUUUGAAAUUUUUUUCGGAAAUUUUUUCUUCCUACACACCCUUUUUUUCUUGGAACUUAUUUUGACGUCGGAAAAUUUCAUGUUGCAACAAUUUUUAAAAAUUUUUGAAAUUUGACACUUCCUACUACCAGAUCUUUGUGCUCUUUCAUUUAUUUUUUCUUGCUCAAUUUUCUUACGUCAAAAAAAUUUAAACUCGAAAAAUCCUGCAGCGUCAAAAAUGUCACGAAUAUCAUCGAUGGCUCACAAAUGGAAAAAUAAUAUGAACGAUGAGCAGAGGAGUAGAUCACAGAGUAAUUCGCGACUUUUUGACAAGAUUUAUGGUCGGAUACAGUAUCCGACGAGUCGUAGUAAGGUUAGCAUGGGAUUCGGCUUGAAAUGUGGAGCAUUUUGGUACAAAAAACUAUGGGGUAAAGGGUCCUGGAUCGAUUCCUAUUGCCUGCAGAAGUUUUUGUUUUUGUGUUUUUCUGGAUCAACUAGGUUCAAAGGGAGGUACCGUAUCCUAGAUCUAUUCGAACCCGAGCAUGUUAGUAUAAAAAUAUUCCUCUUGAAAUUUUGAACAUUUGGGUAUACAAAACUAUGGGGUAAAGGAUCCUGGAUCGAUUCCUACUGUCUGCGGAAGUUUUUGUUUUUUUUUUUAAUUUCAAAAUUUGUGAAUCUGCUAGGUUUAAAGGGAGGUACCGUAUCCUAGAAUUCAUGGAAAGUGUCAAGUUUGAUUUCAAAAAAAUCCACUUGACCAGAAUGUUUAAAGGGAGGUACAGUAACCCGAAAUUUGUGGGCUCCAAGACAAAGAAAAGCCCGAAUUUUUUCAGGCUUUCGAACAUACAACUUCAUACGACGAAUCCAUCAGCGGUUUCAUGCGUCGAAGAUUUGCCGGAAACGGCGAACGUAGCCUCCCUUUAAGAUACGGUAGGUUCGAAAAUUGAAAUUUUGGGGCUCAAGUUUGUAAUUUUCAGCCAGACAAAAAUAACUAGAAAAAAAAAACAAAACAAAAAAAUCUUGGCAUAUUUCCCCUGGGACCGGAAAAGCUUGUUGGUGGUUCCCCCCAAGAAAAAAUAAACCAGACCUCAUUUUUUUGUGCUUUUUGAUUUUCUCCUGCUCCAUUUUUCAACUCGAAAACCAAGCUUCAAAUUUUAAAAUUGUAUGACUGUUGGGGCCAAAUUUCCACGUUUUAGGCACCAAUCCACACCAAAAAGAUGACGCUGAAUUGUACAUAGCUGAGGACGAGAUGCCGGUCAAAGGUGAGCAUUUUCUUGAAUUUUCUGAAAUUUUUGACACCAAACAUGAUAUUUUUUCAUGAAAAUUAGAAGAUUUUAGCCCAAAAAAAUUGAACCUCAUCUCAAAAUCUGUCAAUUUUCAGCUUUUCAUCUGAAAAACACGUUGACAUCACUCAAAAAUCUAGAAACCCCAUGGGAAUCAGAAAAUAUUCAUUUGAAGCUGAAAGCUCAUUUGAAAUCACGCUGCUUGAAUAUUUUGAGAGUUUUGGAGAUUUUCUUGGAAUUUUGUGAAUUUUUUGAGAUUUUUGAUCUCAGGAACUUCAAUUUGAAACCAAAAAUCAAAUUUCCCCAAAAUAUGCAAUGUUUGGUGUCAAAUUAAAGCUCCUGAGCUCAAAAAUCUCACCCAAAACUCUAAAAUUCUUGAAAAUCUCAGAGAAAUCCCCAAAACACCUAGCCAGAAAAUGAAAUCAUCUCUGAACAUUUCAACUCUUUUUUUUUUGCCGCCAUAAUUUGAAAUUCAUAGCUUCCUUCUAUAUAUAUAUAUAUAUAUAUAUAUAUAUAUUAUAUGGUUAUGUUUUUGAUCCCCAUAAAAAAGUUUUUUGGACCCCCGAAAAAAAAACGGCUAUAAAUAAAAAUAUUAUUGUUAUUCAUGUCUGACGAGCAGUCUGAAAAUUGGAUUGAUGGUAGGCUCUGAAAAUCUCUGAAAUUUCCAGAUUUUUCUUGAGAUCUAGAGCUUCAUUUUGACACCAAACUUCACCAUGUUUGGUGUCAAAUCAAAGCUCCAGAUCUGGAAAAUCUGAAAAUUCUGAAAUUAAUUUUCAGUUCUCAAUGGCGCACCGGGUUAUAUCAAUAUUUUGGAUGGACUGAAUGGCUGGCAAUUGGUGAAAGAAUUGAGUGAUGCGACAAAAAUGCCGGCGGCCGCUAGUUUCAAACAUGUUUCACCGGCUGGUGAGUUAAUUUAAAGGGAGGUACCGUAUCCUAGAUUUCUCAAAUUUAAAGCUUCUGAGUUUUAAAUGAUUCCAUUCAACUUGAAAUUCUGAACAUUUUGAUACUAAAUCUAUGAUUCAAAAGGUCCUGAUUCGAUUCCUACUGCCUGCGAAACUUUUUUUUCCAGUUAAAAAUUUUUUUCCAGGCGCUGCAAUUGGUGUUCCUUUAAACGACGCGGAAGCGGCGUGUUGUAUGGUUGCGGAUUUGCCGCUCGACACCAAAAAACCCACAUUGGCCGCAGCUUAUGCCAGAGCUCGAGGUAAGUCACUACAGUACCCCUGAUAGUUAUCUAGAUUCUACAGUAUUACCCCAUAGAUCCUACUCUCCUUUAAUCUACAGUACACCUACAGUACUCCCUUUCCCAAAUCCCUACAGUACCCCUUGAACAGAACAGGAUUGGGUCAUCCAAGAUCGUCUUCAACGAUUUCUUCCAAUUGUUGGUAGGGUCUUACUGUACCGUAUACCGUACCGUACCCACGUCUUAGUACUCGUAAAUACCGUAGUAGUCCAGCAGCUUAAUGUAUCUCCUUCUCUACAGUUUUAGAACCUACAGUACUACCAGAAUACUGUAGUGGCUUACUGUAUGUAAACUGUGAUUUUUUGAAUAAAGAAAAAUUGAUUUCGAGCAGCUUACGGUGAAUUGUUACAGUACCACAGCUUCUUUGGGAUAAAAUGUAUUUAAAAUAAUUUGUGACGUCAAAAAACUACAGUAUUUUCACAAGAUUCCACGUGGGAACUUCAAAUUUUAAAUAAGAAAAUUGUCAGCUUUUUUUGUAGAUCAAAAAAUCUACAGUAUUUUUUUUAAUGCCACGUGGCAAAAAAAUCCCCAAUUUUUUUUGCAGGCGCCGAUCGAAUGUCGAGUUUCGGCGAUUUCAUCGCACUUUCCGAAAAAUGCGACGAGCUGACAGCGAAAAUCAUAAAUCGCGAAGUUUCCGACGGAGUUUUGGCACCAGAUUUCGAGCCGGCCGCUUUGAGUUUGCUGGCGAAAAAAAAGAACGGGAAUUAUUGUAUUCUGAAGAUCAAUCCGAAUUAUUUGCCAUCGGAAACAGAAGAGAGAACAGUUUUUGGGAUGAGACUCAGACAGAAGAGGAAUAAUGCGGUGAUUAAUGAGGAGACUUUUAAGAAUAUUGUUGGAAAGUGUCAGGAGGUUUGUUCAAACGAUACUCCACUUUUACACCCAAACAACACUCCGCCUUUACAGUUGCCCAAACAAUCUAUCGAUGAUUUGAUCGUCGCCACAAUUGCACUCAAAUACGCUCAAUCGAAUUCGGUUUGCUUUGCGCAUCGAGGACAGGUUUGUUAUUUGGCUGCGUACUUGACUGAGUAUCUAAUUUGCAAAAAAUUCAGGUAAUCGGAAUGGGAGCUGGUCAACAAUCUCGAAUUCAUUGCACGCGAUUGGCUGGAGAAAAAGCGGCUAGUUGGUAG